AUGGAAGAACUUCAGUACUUAUACAUGGAAUCCCAGAUUCCUGCAGCGAUUACAGUAAGACGUUCCUCUGCCAACCGCGGCCUUCAGAAAUGGUUGGAGACGGGGAAACGACCAUCUGAUCCUCUUGAAAGAGCUCAUGUCGAAGUCAAAGUCCUGGACUUUACCGUUUGCUUACAUCAUGCAGAUCAUCAUGAGUUGUCAUGCAAAUACGCUCCUGUUCUCCGUGGAUUCGGCGAAAAGGAGCCGUUGAAUCGGUUUGGAGCGCUUCUUUCGCGGCGACAACAGCCGAGCAGGCGCAGGGUUAUGGUGGACUACUACGCUGCUCCACCGGCGUUCCACCAACAACACCAACCUGGGUACGAUUACACGCAGCAGGAAGAGGAAUGGGAUCGUGAAGGAUUAUUGGAUCCAGCAUGGGAGAAACAACAGAAGAAGACAUUUACCGCCUGGUGCAACUCACACUUGAGGAAAGCUGGCACAAGCAUCGAACUAAUCGAGGAAGACUUUCGAAAUGGAUUGAAGUUGAUGCUUCUGUUGGAGGUAAUUUCCGGUGAACCUCUACCACGCCCGGAUCGCGGCAAAAUGCGUUUCCAUAAGAUCGCUAAUGUCAACAAGGCUCUCGAGUAUAUCGAGAGUAAAGGAGUAAAACUCGUUUCCAUCGGAGCCGAAGAAAUUGUCGAUGGCAAUGUAAAGAUGACACUCGGACUCAUCUGGACAAUUAUCCUACGUUUCGCCAUCCAGGACAUCAACGUCGAGGAAUUGUCCGCUCGUGAUGGUCUACUGCUUUGGUGUCAACGAAAGACCGCUCCGUACAACAAUGUGAAUGUGCAGAACUUCCACACUUCAUGGAAGGAUGGUCUCGCCUUUUGUGCCCUUAUUCAUAGACACAGACCAGAUUUACUCGAUUAUUAUCAACUGCACAAAGGUGAUCCGUUACACAAUCUCAAUCUGGCUUUCGAUGUCGCCGAGAAGCAUCUGGACAUCCCAAGAAUGUUAGACGCCGAAGACGCUGCGGUCAAUCCGGACGAAAAGUCGAUCAUGACGUACGUGUCAUGCUUUUACCAUGCGUUCCGAAAUGCUCCAGAAGUACGUUCGGUUCGACCGCCCAUGAAGGCACCACCUCCAGAAAGGGAUUGGCGUAAGGAAGUGUUGCUUUCAGACAUGGUUAAUUCUCAUCCCGACGAGAAGGCCGUCAUGACAUACGUUUCGUGCUACUACCACUAUUUCAGCGGAAUGAGAAAGGCGGAAACGGCAGCAAACAGAAUUUGCCGUGUGCUCAAAGUGAACCAGGAGAACGAGAAAAUGAUGCAGGAGUACGAACACCUCGCCAGCGAUCUUCUUGCAUGGAUAAAUCACUGGAUGCCAUGGCUCGCCAACCGAACUACGGAUGACAGCCUACCAAUGGCGCAAAAGAAGCUCGACGAUUAUCGUAAUUAUCGACGGCACGAGAAGCCUCCUCGAAUCGAGGAUAAAGGUAGGCUCGAAACAUUGUUCAACACACUGCAAACACGCCUUAGACUAUCAAAUAGACCUGCGUUUCUUCCAAGGGAUGGCCACCUAGUGAAGGAUAUCAACAAUGCAUGGAAAAACCUCGAAGAUUCCGAGAAAGGUUUCGAAGAAUGGUUGCUUAGCGAAAUUAUGCGUCUGGAGCGCCUCGAACAUUUGGCCGAGAAAUUCCGUCGCAAGUGUGCUUUACAUGAAGAAUGGUCGCAUGGUAAGGAAGAGGCGCUACGCAGCCAGGAUUGGAAGAGCUGUGGCCUGUAUAAGAUCAAAGCUCUACGCAAACGCCAUGAAGCGUUUGAGAGCGACCUUGGCGCUCACCAAGAUCGAGUGGAGCAGAUCGCUCUCAUUGCUCGAGAGCUUAACAAUCUCCGCUAUCCAGACAUUGGACCAAUCAAUGCUCGUUGUCAGGCUAUCUGCUCACAGUGGGACCGCCUUGGACAACUGGCUGCACAACGACGAACUGCUCUGGAAGAAGCAGAGCGAGUUGCUGAGCGCCUUGAUGCGCUCUAUCUCGAUUUUGCAAAGAGGGCUGCUCCCUUUAAUAACUGGCUCGAUGGUGCUCGUGAAGAUCUCGCUGAUCUCGUGAUUGUGCACGAAAUGAGGGAAAUUCAAGAGCUUUGUGCUGCUCAUGAUCAAUUCAAAUCAACGCUUGGCGAUGCUGACCGAGAAUUCGCCAGCAUUUCCGGGAUUGAGCAGGAAAUUGAGCGUCUGGUUGAAAGCCAUGGACUUGAUCGUGAGCUUUUGCGUAAUCCAUACACUGAUCUCUCUGCAUCGGAAAUUCGUCGUAAAUGGGGCGAAGUUCAGCAGGCGGUGCCCAGAAGAGACGGACAGCUGCAAAGCGAACUGCGAAGACAACAAAAUAACGAACGUCUACGUUCUAUAUUUGCUGACAAAGCGAACCAAGUUGGACCAUGGCUGGAAAGGGAGUUGGAGAAGGUUCUGGCUAUCGGGCUCGGAGGACGCGGACGUCUUGAAGAUGCUGUGUAUCAGCUGCGCGGAAUCCACCAGGACGCCCUCCAUUACAAGCCAAAUUUGGAUGAGCUGGAGAGGAUCCAUCAAGAAAUGCAAGAGAACUUUGUGUUUGAGAACAGGAAGAGCCGGUAUUCGAUGGAAUCACUUCGCGUUGGUUGGGAGAGUUUAAUUACUAGCAUAAAUAGGACCAUUAACGAACUUGAAAAUCAGAUCCUCAUGCGUGAUAGUAAGGGAAUAUCCGAAGAACAAAUUAACGAGUACCGUGCUUCGUUCAACCACUUCGACAAGGACAGGCAAGGUCUCGACCCUGAACAGAUGCGUUCCUGCCUCAUCUCUGUCGGCUACAACAUUCGGCCAGGACGAGAGGGUGAUGCAGAUCUCCAUCGCAUCCUAUCGCAUGUUGAUCCGAACCGAAUGGGUCGUGUUCCAUUCGAUGCCUUCCUCGAUUUCAUGACCGCCGAAGCUGCUGAUACGGAUACUGUUGAACAAAUGAUAGAUUCAUUCCGUAUUCUCGCGGCUGGAAAGCCAUUCAUCACAGCGGACGAGUUACGUCGGGAACUGCCAGCGGAUCAGGCUGCAUACUGCAUGCAACGAAUGGCUCUAUCGAAUGAUCCUCAGGCGCCGCAUGGCUCCUUUGACUACGUAACUUUCAGCCGAAGUCUAUACAAUCAGUAA